UGUGGACCCCACCUCCUCUCGAACUUUAUCUCCUUCUGUAGAAUCCUCCGCCUCCGCUUCUCUCUCUCGUCGCUCUCUCCGUCUUUACCGUCUCUCCUUCGCCACUCCCCAGCGGCGGCGCGCCUUCUCCCUCUCCCAGCGACGGCAGCGCGCCAUCCACUCCCUUCCUCCCAGAUCCGACUGGAUGAGGGGAGGGCAGCGGCGUGGAGGCGGCGCUCCCCUCCCCUUACUUUCUCCCCGCUCCUGGAUCAGGCUGUAGGAGGGGAGCGAUGGUGGGGGCAGCCACCGCAUGCGACGGAGGUGGCGCUCCUCCCUCCCUAGCUCCCAGAUCCGGCUGGAGGAGGGAGCGAUAGUGGCAAAGGCGGCGCUCCCUCCCCUCCCUCCCAGAUCUGGCCGAAGGGGGAGGGCAGCAUCGGCUCUAGCGACGGUGGCGCGCCUUCUCCACUCUCCGACUCCUCGGCGAGCAGCAGGUGCGACGAUCUUACCAUGGAUGAGCAGCGGGAGCGGCGGUGGCCUCGGCCUCAACUAGCAACAGGAGUGACACCGUCCAGUGGCAUUGGGGCAGCGGGAGCGACGUCCUCUACCUUGACAAGCAGCGGGAGCGGCAGCAUCCACGUCCUUAGCUAGCAACAGGAGUGACGCUGUCCAGUGGCGUCGGAGCAGCGGGAACAGUAUCGUCUUCGUCCUCGACGAGCAAGGAGGAGCGGGAGCGGCGAUAGACUCGGCCUCAGGCCCAGCGGCAGUGGCGGUGUCCCCGACGAGCAGUGGCCUCGACAUCUGGCGAGCUCAGCAUUCUGUUAGUAUUUAAUUUGUUGUGAUUUCAUUGAUGUAGACAUUGUUCUUUGAUUAGUCUUUUUUGCUCGUCAACUUUUUUUUCUGGAACCGAGUUGGACCCAAUGAACUAUAUGGACUAACAAAAAUUUGUUUGGAAGCAUACCUAGGGCGAUUUUUGAUUUUUGAUUUUUGGAUUUGUUUUUGUCUGUUCUUUUUCUGAUAUUUUCUGAUCUGAUUGUCAUGGAGACGGAUAACGCGUACGCGGGCUCACAUAUUACGGACGAAAAUCGUGUGUGAAUGAUGUGACGAAAGGAAAAAUACGAAUAGUUAUAUAAGAUUAAAAUAAGAUAAGAUAUACCGAAAGAAAACAAACUAAUUAAUUAAUCUCUCCAAAAAUAACUCCUACAGGGGUACGAUUAAACUGAGUAGGAGUAGCUAAUUAAGCUGUGUUGGCGUUAUGGCAAAGUAACGCAGAAGCAAUCGAAAACUAAUUAGAAUCAGAUUGGAUUUGGAGUACGAAUCGGAGUUGCUCGGCCUGGUUCUCGCAAUAAAUACAAAGAGCACCAAACAGCUCGCCAAGCACCAAUAAACGUCGUUUCAACAGUUGAGCUCACCGCGCAACUAGCGAGCGAGUUCGUCCCGUCCGUCCGUGUUCAAGCUCAACAGCAAUCCCCCGGCCCCGCGUGUUCGACGAGAAACAAACCAACAUCAAUGGCGGCAGCAAACGACGGAGCCGACGCCGGCGACAGCAAGAUCCUUCUGAUCAGCUCGGACGGGCAGCACUUCCAGGUGACGGAGGCGGAGGCGAGCAUGUCGAAGCUAGUGAGCAACAUGAUCGAGGACGACUGCACGGAGAACGGCGUCCCUCUCCCCAACGUCGCCUCCAACGUCCUCGCCAAGGUGCUCGACUACUGCAAGAAACACGCCGCCGCCGCCGCCGCCGCUGCCGAGGACGUCGCCGUGAAGGAUCAGGAGCUGAAGAGCUUCGAUGCCAGCUUCAUCGAUGUCGACAACACGAUGCUGUUCGGCCUGAUCUUGGCCGCCAACUACUUGAACGUACCGUCUCUACUUGAUCUUGCGUGUCAACACACGGCUGACUUGAUCAAGGGCAAGACGGUACAGGAGAUCAGGGACACGUUCGGGAUCGUCAACGACUUCACACCAGAGGAGGAGGAGGAGAUCCGCAAGGAGAACGAAUGGGCCUUCGAGAACUGAACCAUUUCCUUUUAUCUUAGAAGAAUUUCCAGGCUAGUAGGGAAGAAGUUUGAUCGGAAUAAAUAUAAAAUCUUUUUCUUAAUACUAUUUAAUGAUUGACAAGAUAUUUAGUCAUUUGUUAUGUGUUGUUUACUAUUCCCUCUGUUUUAUAUUAUACUAUCUUCGUUUUUAAAAUA